AUGCUACGCUCAUCUAUGGGCCUGGGCAGAGCCCGGGUCCCGUCUUUGCGCCAACCGAUCCCUGGCCGUUUCUCCAAACUGAACUCGGUGCUUUCACGGCCACUGGGGGCUACGAGGCUGGCAUCUACAGUCACUGACCUUGAAAGCUUUCCUGCUGUUGGUGAGAAGCUUCAUGGAUUUACCGUUCGGGAGAAGAAACAUGUCCCGGAGCUACAUUUGACCGCAGUGCGGCUCACCCAUGACAAAACCGAUGCGGACUACCUACAUGUGGCUCGGGAUGACAAGAACAAUGUCUUUGGUAUUGGCUUCAAAACUAACCCUCCCGAUGCGACGGGUGUACCGCAUAUUCUGGAGCACACCACCCUGUGUGGAAGUGAGAAGUAUCCUAUUCGCGACCCCUUCUUUAAGAUGCUCCCACGCUCUCUCUCAAACUUCAUGAAUGCCUUCACCUCCUCCGAUCACACCACAUACCCUUUCGCGACGACCAACUCGCAAGACUUCCAAAAUCUUCUGUCCGUAUACCUAGACGCGACUCUUCACCCCCUGCUGAAGGCCGAUGAUUUCCGGCAAGAGGGCUGGCGGCUGGGCCCCGAGGAUCCACGUGCUCUCCUGCCAGUGGAAGGACAGCCCGAGACAAAAGCCCAACUGGAAGACAUUGUGUUCAAGGGCGUUGUCUACAAUGAGAUGAAGGGCCAGAUUUCGGAUUCCAACUACCUCUACUACAUUCGAUUCAAAGAGAGCAUUAUUCCAGCUCUCAACAACUCAGGUGGUGACCCGGAGUAUAUCACGGAUCUUACCCACCAGCAGUUGGUGGAGUUCUCGAAGCGUAACUACCACCCGAGCAACUCCAAGAUUUUGACUUAUGGAGAUAUGCCUCUUACCCGUCACUUGGAUCAGAUUGGAGCUGUCUUGGACGGGUUCAACAAAGGUGAAACCAAUACCGACGUGAAGCUGCCUCUCGAUCUAAGCCAAGGCUUGAACAUCACGGUACCCGGGCCUAUCGACACCUUUGCGAGCGAGGACAAGCAACACAAGACAUCCACAUCCUGGUAUAUGGGAGACUCAACGGAUACCGUUGAAACAUUCUCCGUUGGAAUCAUCUCCUCUCUCUUCCUCGAUGGCUAUGGCUCGCCCAUGUAUCGAGCUCUGAUUGAAAGUGGCCUGGGAUCUUCCUUUACCCCCAACACUGGCUUGGAUUCCUCUGGCAAGGUCCCGAUAUUUUCCAUCGGUGUUACCGGUGUUAAUGAAGUGGAGGCUCCCACUGUCAAGGAUGUGAUCCAGAAGACUUUCCGAGAGUCUGUCCAGGCUGGGUUCAGCGAAGAGAAGGUCCGUGGCUUCCUUCACCAGUUGGAGCUUUCUCUACGUCACAAGACCGCCAAUUUCGGCAUUGGUGUGAUGGAAAAAACUAUUUCCUCCUGGUUCAAUGGUGCCAACCCAAUGAAGGAGCUUGCAUGGAACGACGUCAUUGAGGAAUUCAAGAGGAGAUUUGAGAAGCCUGGCUAUCUUGAAUCUUUGGUGGAGAAGUACCUUCUCAAUGAUCAGUGUAUGACUUUCACGAUGGUUGGUACCCCGACCUUCAACAAGGAGCUUGAUCAGAAGGAGGUUGUGCGCAAGGAAACGAAGCUCGCUCAGCUGAUCGAGGAGCAUGGCUCAGUCGAAAAUGCUGUGGAAAAUCUCAGUCAGGCAGAGCUGCAGCUGCUGAAAGUCCAAGAGGAUGCUCACAAGGCCGACCUGAGUUGUCUUCCUACCUUGCGAGUCAAGGACAUUUCUCGCGAGAAGGAGCGCAAGACCGUGCGCGAGUCGAAAAUUGACGAUACGGAAGUUGUCUGGCGUGAGGCUCCCACCAACGGGUUAACCUAUUUCCAAGCCGUGAACGCUCUCCAGGAUCUUCCAGAUGACCUGCGACUUUUGAUGCCGCUUUUCAAUGACUGUGUCAUGCGGCUGGGCACCGCAAACCGCUCGAUGGAACAGUGGGAGGAUCUUAUCAAGCUGAAGAGCGGCGGCAUCUCCACUUCGUCCUUCCUCGUAUCUUCUCCGACUCAGCUCGAUCAGUUCAAGGAAGGAAUGCAGUUCUCCGGCUUUGCCUUGGACAACAACAUUCCCGAGAUGCUGGAUAUGCUCUCAACUCUGGUCACGGAGACUGACUUCUCAAACCCCGCCGCCCCUGCUAUGAUCCAGGAGCUCCUACGUCUGACCACGAACGGAGCUUUAGACUCUGUUGCUUCGACAGGUCACCGCUUCGCUGUGAACGCCGCAGCGGCUAAUCUCUCCCGCAGCCUAUGGAUUCAGGAACAACAAUCCGGUCUGGAGCAGCUGCAAGCUACUGCAAACCUCCUCCGCGACGCUGAAACCUCACCUGAGCGCCUUCAGGAAUUGAUUGAUAAGCUACGUCUGAUCCAGUCCUUUGCUAUCUCGAGGUCGUCUAGCCUCCGUGUUCGCAUGGUCUGCGAGCCUGAGAGUGCUGCUCGAAAUGAGUCUGUCCUGCAGAAGUGGCUAUCUGGAUUGCCACAGGUCUCUUCGCCACGCGCAUCUGCUGCACCAUCAUUCAAGUCCGUCGACAAGGCUUUCUAUGACCUUCCCUACAAGGUCUACUACUCUGGUCAGGCUAUGCAAACUGUGCCAUUCACCGACCCUGCUAGCGCACCCCUCACCGUGCUCUCGCAGAUGCUCACGCACAACUAUCUCCACCCAGAAAUUCGCGAGAAGGGUGGUGCUUACGGAGCGGGUGCUAGCAACGGCCCGCUCAAGGGUAUCUUCACCUUCAUGAGUUACCGAGAUCCCAACCCUACAAACUCUUUGAAGGUCUUCCAAAAUAGCGGUAUCUUCGCUAGAGAUCGUGCUUGGUCUGAGCGGGAGAUCGAGGAGGCUAAGCUUGGCAUCUUCCAGGGUCUGGAUGCGCCCUUGAGCGUUGACGACGAGGGCGCUCGCUACUUCAUGAGCGGUGUCACCCAUGAGAUGGAUCAGCGCUGGAGAGAGCAAGUCUUGGAUGUCACCGCCAAAGAUGUGAAUGAGGUCGCUGACCGCUUCCUCGUGAACGGCUCCCGCAAGACCACCUGUGUCCUCGGUGAGAAGAAGGACUGGGCCGACGCUGAAUGGGAGGUGCGGAAGCUGUCUAUGGGCCAGCAAGACGAUGCUCCGGCUGCCUAG